AUGGCAGCUCUUCCUCUUGCUGUCCCUGCCGCGGCUGCAGGGCUGGCCUACCUCAACGCCCGCCAUGGUGUCAGCUAUGACUGGCCCAUGCUCUCUUCCUUCGUCAGCACGACCAUCCGCACUAUAGCCGCAGAGCGUCGAGACCAGCUCAACGUCUUCUAUGAGCUCGAAGCCCUCGCCCAGUCUGCUCGAGCAGAUCACGCGUGGAUCAUCUUCCGGGGACAGACAUGGACAUACAAGCAGGCAUACGACAUCGUCCUGAAGUAUGGUACAUGGCUCAAGAGCAAGGGUGUUGGGCAGGGCGACAUUGUUGCCAUGGACUUCGUCAACUCGGAGACGUUCAUCUGGGUCUGGUUCGGGCUGUGGAGCAUCGGCGCAAAGCCUGCAUUCAUCAACUACAACCUGACGGGCAAGUCACUUAUACACACAAUCAAGACAUCGACUGCACGCUUGGUACUCGUGGACGAGGAGAGCAAGGCCAACUUUGCCGAACACGUCAUGGCAGAGCACGGCUUUUUUCCUGUGCCUGCGGCGACGACAGACGGCAGGCAGACAAACUACGACUUUGAGAUGGAUCAAAGUGAGGUGCCUCGUUCUGUGAAGAGUCAAGCACUGGCACAAGUGCAGAGGCAGGGCAUCACUGCAACGCCACAGAUUCGUCAACUCGAAAUCGUCUGCCUCGACAAACAGCUGCAAGACUCCAUCCUCAUGCUCCCGCCAACCCGUCAGCCCGACACCUGCCGUGCUAACCAGAAGCGCAACAGCAUGGCGAUGCUCAUUUACACGAGCGGCACUACUGGCUUACCAAAGCCCGCCGUCAUGAGCUGGGGCAAGUGCAACGGUGGUGCCAAAUUCGUCUCAGACUGGCUCAACAUCAAGAACGACAUAGUGUACACGUCCAUGCCGCUCUACCACUCUUCCGCCUCCGUUCUGGGCGUGUGUGCCGUCCUUCGCGCCGGCAGCACAAUAUGUCUAUCUUCUAAAUUCUCGCACAAGACAUUCUGGCCUGAGAUCAUCUCCAGCAAGGCGACAAUCCUCCACUACGUCGGCGAGACAUGCCGCUACCUGCUCUCCGCUCCCCCAUCCUCCCUCGACAAAGCUCAUCAUGUUCGCGCCGCCUUUGGCAACGGCCUGCGUCCUGACGUCUGGGAGCCGUUCAAGGCCCGCUUUGGAAUUAGAACAAUCUUCGAGUUCUACGCAGCCACAGAAGCCCCCGGAGGCAUGUGGAAUCGCAGCGACAACACAUUCUCAUCCGGCGCUAUCGGGCGAAACGGCACUCUCGGCACCCUCCUCUUUGCUCCAAACAUGUGUAUCGUGCGCACCGAUCCUGACGCCGAUGGCGCGCAGCCCCUGCGCAGCAAAGACACCGGGUUAUGUGAGGUGUGCGACUGGAACGAGGCCGGUGAGUUGCUGUACAAGCUCGAUCCUGCAAACAUCGAGUUGAAGUUCCAGGGCUAUUUCGGCAACGACAAGGCAACAAGUUCGAAGAUUGUAAGGAACGUCAAAAAGUUGGGAGAUGCAUACUUCCGCUCCGGAGACCUCAUGCGCUGGGACAAAGAAGGCAGAUGGUGGUUUGUCGACCGCAUUGGCGACACGUUCCGCUGGAAGUCUGAGAAUGUCAGCACCGCUGAAGUCGCUGAUGCAGUUGGUCGACAUGACGCAGUUGAUGAGGUAGCCGUCUACGGUGUUCAGGUCCCAGGCCACGAUGGGCGCGCUGGUUGCGCCGCUGUCGUACUCAAAGCAUCCGCGCUCUCCACAUCUGCUGCGGCUGAAAAGAGCAUCGCGGUUAACAGCGAAGUGUUGGAAGCACUCGCUGCACAUGUUACGAAAGAACUCCCCACGUUCGCUAGACCGAUCUGGAUUAGGGUCACUAGACAAUUGCAGACAACAGGGACGAACAAACAGCAGAAGCAUCUGCUGCAGAAAGAUGGGAUCAAUCCGCAGGCAGUUGAACAAGCGGGCGAUGCAUUAUAUUGGCUUAGCGAGGGGACGUAUGUGCCAUUCACAGCUAAAGAGCUCAAGAAGAUAGAGCGCGGUGGAGCGAAGCUGUAG